AUGCAGUUCUCAGCAAUUCUCCUCACCCUUGCGGCCACCGCGUCGGCCAUUGACGUCAGGGGCUUUGUAGGCGACAACUGCUCCGGAGCCUGGGUGGGUUGUGCCAAUCUCAACCCCAACGUGUGUUGUACUCCGUUUGGCGGCUCAAGGGCAAGCGUUGGUUUUGCAGCCAUCCCGAGGGACUGGCGUAUCCGCGGCCAGGCCUAUACUGAAGGAGGCUGUAACGCAGGAGGAGGUACAGGGGAUUCCAACGGCAACGACUUCUUCUGCAUCCCGUACAUUACACGUGGCGAUCGCACGGGUGGCUCGUACUGGUUCCUCAACCGCAAGCGCGCCAUCGACAAUACAUGUCCGGCCGAGCAGCCUCAAGGCAAAUGUACAGCCACGGUCAAGCCUGACACGCUUGGUCUUGCUGAUGGCACCGAGUAUAACAUUACAAGCCUCUCGGAUGAUCAGGUUAGCGAGCUGAGCGCCAUUGCUGCUUCCGGCGCCGGCGCUGAGGCUGUCCCGGCUGACUUCCAGGUGCUACGUCGCUCAAUCAAGGUUUAAGACUAUGCACAAGCUUCAUGACCAUGGGCUGGUCAGAAAUAGGAGUGUUCGACGUUGAAAGGGGC